CGGACGGAUUACAACAAAAAGCGACAGCUCCGUGGUCCUGAAAUCACUUGCAACAAACACACCACCGCUGCUCCUAAAACAAAUGCAACACAACACACACGGCGAAAUGCAGGCCACUAAGAAGGCAAUCUCUUGGAAACUUUUUAUACUUUCAUACUUAUUCGUGGAGGGUUCGUGCCAAGACUUUGGUGGUGGACAGACUCAAUUUAUUUGCACGUCGGUGCCCAAGGAUAUGGACAUAUGCGCCGCUACCUUACAAAACAGUAUGCCUGGAGAGGAUUUGAAGACCACUGUAAUGCAGCUCCGGGAGACCGUCCUACAGCAGAAGGAGACCAUUAUGAACCAAAAAGAGACUAUCAGAGAACUGACUUCAAAGUUAACUCGCUGUGAGGGUCAGAGUGCGCCCGAGCCCGGACCUGGGGGAAGGAGAAAAGAGACGGGGACCAAAAAUACUAUGGGGGAUGUAUCAAGGGGUCCCUCGGACACUUUGGCGCAACUAUCGCAGACUUUACAGUCUCUAAAACAGAGAUUAGAAAAUCUCGAGCAAUUCAGUCGGAACAACAACUCGGUCCAGGCGAACAGUCUGAAAGACCUGCUACAGAGUAAAAUCGACGAUUUGGAGAAGCAGGUGUUAUCCCGCGUGAACAGUAUAGAAGAUGGCAAGCCUGGGCUUCGGAACGAGACGGAGCAGCGCGGUAGAGUGGAGUCGACUCUCACAUCCCUGCACCAGAGAAUCACCGACCUCGAGAAAGGUCAGAAGGAAAACAGGCCACUGGAUAAAUUCCAGUUGACAUUCCCGUUGAGGACCAACUACAUGUAUGCCAAAGUGAAGAAGAGUCUCCCUGAGAUGUACGCAGUCACUGUCUGCAUGUGGCUCAAAUCCAAUGCAUCACCUGGGGUGGGCACGCCGUUCUCCUACGCAGUGCCAGGGCAGGCCAACGAGCUGGUGCUGAUUGAGUGGGGGAAUAAUCCUAUGGAGAUACUCAUCAAUGACAAGGUAGCUAAAUUACCAUUCAUUAUCAACGACGGGAAGUGGCAUCACAUCUGUGUCACAUGGACAACUCGAGAUGGAGUAUGGGAGGCUUUCCAAGAUGGAGUCAUGAGGGGCAGUGGAGAAAACCUUGCUCCAUACCAUCCAAUCAAACCACAGGGUGUUCUGAUAUUGGGACAAGAACAGGAUACGCUUGGAGGGGGCUUUGAUGCUACACAAGCUUUUGUUGGAGACCUGGCGAAUUUUCAUAUCUGGGACCGGAAGUUGUCUAUUGGAGAGAUAUACAACCUGGCAACUUGCAGCAGCAAAGCGCAGAUAGGCAACGUGUUUUCGUGGUUGGAGAGCAGUAUUGAUAUUUACGGAGGAGCCUCCAAGUGGACAUUUGAGGCUUGUCGCCAACUGAACUGAAUUGCAGGGAAAAGUGAAAAGCCAAUGAGAAAUGCGUGUGUUAAAGCCUCUGUUGAUAAUGUGUCUGAUUUGAUAGAUAAAGAAGCAUUUAUUUCAGUAAAUGACAUCUGGAUUUGAUAUAGAUAUUGAAUACUUUAUGUGUGGACACUUACUAGAUCUCUACCUGUCUAAAAUAAGAAUCUGACCUUCUUGUUCAUCUUGGAUAUUUCAGUUGGAUAGUUUUGGCAUCUGGUUUGGAUGCUUCAAAGCGCUUCGUUCAACUGGUUUGUUAUCUCAUGGUCUUCAGAGCAAUUGAUACAUACAGGCCAGCAUAUCACCACAACGCAGUGCAGACGCAGACAGCACUCCCAGACAGAGGACCACUUAGAACGUCCACCAUAAGUAGAAUUGGUGAUGUAUGUAGUUGUCCCCAACGAGGAAAUCAGGGAGGGGACUGGGAUCUGUCGCUGUCCGUUAGUACAUUAGUGCGUUCGUACAUUAGUCACGCGUGACAUCUCAGACAGCACUGGCCCGGUUGUGACAAAACUUGAAUGAUGCGUCUUGCAUUAGAUAUCUGGCAUUUACAAAAUUAUACUGAUUGGCCAGAUGAUGGCGCUAUAACAAGAAAUGUUAAAUAUUUCAUCAAAUGCAAACUUUGAAGGGUCACCCAUUACCCCGUUUGACCUAAAGUCAUGAAAUUCGGUACAUAUGUCCCUCUCCUUAAAAGAAACAAAUUUGCCUCAGGGACCAAUAAGCUUCACCAUUCUGGAUUUCCGUUAUUUCGAAUUUUGUGAAAGACACUUAAAACGCUACUCUUCUGCCACCGAAUGAACGAUCUGCAUGAAACUUGAUAUGUGGCAUCUAUGACAAUAUUUUCCAGUCUAGUACCUAAAACAACAUGGCCACUAUUGACCAAUAAAUAUUCACUUGGACAUGGUCUGGCAAAAAUGAGUCAAGGAUAUUUGUAUUGUAACAAACGCUGUCAAGACUCAACAUAUGACUCAGAGUGAUGAGUCUAGCUAACCCACAAGAUAUCUCAGACAACACUGGCCCGAUUUUAACGAAACUUGGGUGAAUGAUGCGUCUUGCCAUAGAAAUCAGUCAUUUGUAAAAUUAUACUGAUUGGCCCAAGGGGGGUGCUGCAUAAUUUGUGGGGGAGGACAUGCUUACUGUUGCCUUGUUUUUAUUGGACUGGGGACACGCAUUUCAACCAAUCAUGCGAUUUUGUUUAUAUUCCCACUGCCUGGGAUUUUCACUGUGAACGACGGGUAGACUUGAAAAGGAAUGUAUACUUAAACGGUUAUGAAACAGGAACAGCUUUCUGCUCUAUCGCUAUCGUUUCUCUAUCACCACCUGCUUGACGCAAUUUUGUGUAAAGAAUGACAUCUUUUUUUGCCAACAUACAAGCCUGGGUGCCUUGGGAUGUUGAAAUAACUCAGCACAUUCAUUAUGAUUUGCAAAGUAUUUUGUGUGGUAUUUAUUUUCCUGUAGGCCUGCAACGAGAUUUAUUUCCAAAAGAGAUGUUUAUUAUCAUAACACAUUACGUUGGAUAAUAAGAUGAUUAUUGCACUUAAAAGCAAUUCAUUGAGGUGUUUGUACUUUAAUGGGAAUGUUGUCUGUACAGUAACAGCAUGACUUAACUAAUUGCUGCAGCAGCAUCAACAAAAUCUGCUUUUACUAUCCUCCUUUUGGGUUGAGAUUUUAUACUGUAUUGUUAUAUGCUCAAAGCAUGGCAACACUGAAAUAUGAAAAAGUUCUAAUUUUUUAAAUAAAAUUGUGAUACCUGAAUCUA